GCAUUGAACCGCGCCAUUUGCAGCACUGCAACACAAUGUAUAUAAGAAAGCAUAGUGCUCAUCACAUAAUACGAGACGAGUAGUAAAUGUAACAGUAAUGUCUCACUACAAGCUGGUCAGUCUUCAGUAGUAAAGAAAAACUAUAAUAAUCUAGUGAAGACCGUUGACAACGGAAGUCAGAUUUCUAGUUUUCAGAUUUGAAGUAUAUAGUUUAGGUAUUGGAAGUCUCAUUUAAAAACAAAUUGCUGUUUUAUGAACCUCGCUUUCGUGCGUAUCUCAAAUGUGUUAUUAAACGUUCGGAUAGACUCAAUAGCACCUGAAAGUAUGCAGAAACCUGCUCAUGGUGUGAAUAUUUAUUACCGUAUCUAUCGAACACUAAAUAACCCAAUAAAUUAAAUGUUCAGUCUCCGAUAAAAUCCAUGUUCAGAUAUUAAGAUUUUUACUACUACUGAGACCAAUUGAUUUCCAAAACUGAAUCUAGUGUCAAAGAUACAAAAAAACCUAAUAAUUAAAACUUUAACUUUUAUCUCAAUCAAAUUUCUUUACUUGAAGAAAAAAACAUUCUUUCUAUUCAAUGUGUUUAAUAAAAUCUUUAUCACAUGGUAUUUGUAAUGAAAGUAAAAAGAUAUUAAAUCUCUUUUUCCAAGUAUACAUUCAGCAUCUAAUAUACAUAGCUACUUCCAACACUGUCACGUGAACAUGGACAGAAGCAGAACAGAUGCAACAACAUGCAAUUGAAUUAUCACUAGAAGCUAUGGAUCUAUUCUCAUCUCAUGAUGGUAUAGCUGAUUAUAUUGCAAAAGUAUUCAACGAUACAUAUUCAGGUUAUUGGGAAUGUAAAGUUGGAACAACAUUUGGAAGCUUCGAUACAUGUGAUUUAGAAUGCUGUUUUCGAUAUUUCAUUGACGAAUUGGCAUUCUUACUAUACAAAUCAAAUUAA